AUGACCAGGUACGUGGGUCAGGCCACAGGGCCUGAGAGCAUAGCAUGGGACCCGAGCGGGCGAGGGCCGUACGUGAGUGUGAGCGACGGGCGCAUUCUCAGGAGGAAGGCGGACGACAGCGACUGGGAGGAAUUCACUUAUGCUUCACCCCACAGGACCUCGGCAAUGUGCGAUUCGCGCACCGCGAAGCUCGCACUAGAGGACAAAUGCGGCCGGCCGGUGGGAAUGGCAUUUCACCCCACCACGGGGGACCUUUACUUUGCUGACGCCUACUACGGGCUCUUCAAGGUGAGCAGCAGCGGCGGGCAGGCAACGAAGCUGGUAGAUGUGGUGGAAGGGACGCGCAUGAUGAUGUGCAACGACCUGGACAUUGAUGCCGAUGCUAAAGUGGUCUACUUCACCGACUCCAGCUCCCGAUGGGCCCGCAGGGACUUCCUCCCUCUGCUGCUGGAGGGGCGUAAGGACGGGCGGUUCAUGAAGUACGACAUUGGCACAGGCAAGACCACUGUUCUUGUGGACAAGACGAAGAUUGACUCUGUCAAGGAGAAAUCCAAGGCGUCCGUUGCUGAGAUCCAUUUGGCGAAUCAGAAGCGGAUUCAGGCAGAGUUCAUCGCCUCGAAAGCACUGGAGGUUGAGGAGAUCGCGAAGAUGGCUAACUCGCGUGUCACGACUCUGGCUACAAGGAUGGAGGAUUACAUACAGGGGCUGAACGCGGAUCCUGAUUUGGUGGUGUCUGACGUUGCCAAGGAGAAAUUUCGUUUACUCAAGGGACGCUGCAUCGAGAAAGCCCAAUCCGACAUCGCUGCUGCCAAGGAUGACCUUACCAUCCGGGAGUUGGAAAGGCAGCGUAAGAUAGCUGCUGAGGAUUUGAAGAAAGCUGUUGCGUCUGAGGAGGUGCAGGAGAUGGAGUUAGAACCUGCGUUAGAGGAGAUUCUCGCGAAGCAGGUUAAGAAGAUUGAAGACAAACUUCGCAAGGAAAUCACUGUGAAGGUUGAGGCCAGUCUUACGAAGAAGCUGCAGAAGAAUCUCUCUCUUAAGGAGCAAGACCCUGCGCAGGCCGCUGCUGCUAAUCCGAAGCAGAGGAGUACGGCGGGAAAGCAGAAAAGUCAGGAGAAUGGCAACGCUGCACCUGCUGGAUCCAAGCCGAGGAGGAAGCGUGGUGGGAAGAAAAAGAAUCAGAAGCAGAAUUCCAGCACCGACAAAGGCAAGCUGGCGGGAGGCCAAGUCAAAUCUGAUGCGGCCAAGGGACCAAAAAACGGCGGAGGCGGCCCCGAAAAAGGGCCGCACAAGAAGAACUAA